GAAACUGAAACUUUGCGGCCCCAGUCGGAGGGGCGGGAGGCGCCUUUGCCCCGUCCGGCGCAGAAGCGUCCCGGAGCCCCGCGCGAGCUGCACGCAAGGCGCCAUGGCCUCCAACCCCUGCCCGCCGUCCCCGCUGUUCGUGCGGGUGUCCGAGUCCAUCCCCAUGCCGCGCUUGAAACUGGAAGGCUACUUCCAGAGCCGGCUCUCGGACGGCGGGGAGUGCGAGGUCCAGUCCGUCUACCAGAGUGCCCCGGGCACUUUCCAGGUGGUGUUCAAAGAAAGGGCAGCUAAGGAGAGAGUGUUGAAAAAAGGAGAGCACUACAUCUUGGUUAAAGACAAACCUGUGCCCAUUUUUCUGGAAACCACUAGAAAGCCAAUAGAGGACACAAGACCCAGAAGUUCUUCAUUGACACAGUCACAAGCUGAAGCACAGUCUAAGGAGAAGCACCCAAAUAAAGGAAGUGUUCCUAACACUGUCGACUCCUAUGUCCAAAAGAUCUUUCUUACUGUGACAGCUGAUCUGAACUGUGACCUGUUCUCCAAAGAGCAGAGGGCACAUGUAACCACUCUCUGCCCCAGUGUCAAAAAGUUGGAGGGUAACAAUGGAGUUGAGAAGGUGUGUGGUGACUUCAGAGAUAUUGAAAAAAUAUAUUACUUCUUAAGUGAGCAGCUCCUGGAGAAUGAGAGGAAUCAGGAAUCUUCCCCUUCUGCUACAGAGAGGGAGCCUCUUGACCAGCCGGACUGGGACAGCAGCUCUUCUCCUUCUGAAUCAAAACCCAGGUCAGAAGAAAAAGGCGGCCAGUUUGAAAUUCCCUUGCCUUUCUUGGAAUACUUCAGAUAUACCUGUCCUGGUAAAAUAAACUCAAUAGAGAAAAGAUUUGAUGUAAACACUAAAAUUCAAGGCAGCUCUCCCAAUAUGGUCUAUUUGGACUUCACCUCUAGGCAGUCAGAUGACAUAGAAGCAGCUCGAGAGUUUUUUGUUAGUGAGUUUCAGAAGACCACUGAAUCUCUGAAGCAAGAAUGUGUCCCUUUAGCAGACCAUAAGUGGGCAAAUGAUAUCAAACAGGAGUUGAGUUACAGGUUUCCAAAGCUCCUGAUAAAGGAGCAAGGAGGAAUGCUAACUCUCCUUGGGACCCAAGAUGACAUUUCUGCUGCCAAACAAAUAAUCAAUGAACUUUUUGUCUUGAAACCUGUGGAAAUAAUUGCUCCCAGUUGCAUGAAGAACAAAAUUGAGGUUGACACUGCUUACUAUAAGCUUCUAAAAGUUCAGUUACUCCAAGAGAUAUCCGAGAUAGAGCAGAAGUACAACAUUCAUAGUAAAGUUCUAGAGAAAGGUCAGAAGACCUGCAUUGUAUUUGAGUCAAAGGAUAAGGACAUAGAUCUAUCUGUGCAUGCUUAUGCAAGCUUCAUAGAUGCCUUUCAACAGGCCACCAGUCAGCUGACAAAAGAAGUCCUUUUACUGAAACAUUUGGGAAAGGAGAAACAGCACUUACAUGGGACCAAGUUCGCUGAUGACUUUACAAAGAGGUAUCCAGAUAUACACUUUGUGCUGAAUAGAGAGUCAUUGACUUUGACUGGUUUUCCAAAUCGCCUUGCAGAAGCAAAACAAUAUGUGUUAAAAAGAGGUGGGUUGUCACCUUCAGCUGGAGAGAAAUUGAACAAAGAUCAUGGAACACCCAUGGACAUUGAUACUAAAGAUUCAAAAGCAGCUUCACCUCUAUUCAAGGACUCUGCAAGUUCUGUGGCCUCAGAAGCAGGCAAGAAGGAAAAGGACAUCUGUGUCAUCUGCAUGGACACCAUUAGUAACAAAUAUGUGCUACCUGAGUGCAAGCAUGAAUUCUGCAGGCCUUGUAUCGUCACAGCCAUGGCAUAUAAGCCCAACUGUCCUGUGUGUCUGACUUCCUAUGGUGUCCAGAAAGGGAAUCAACCAGAUGGAACCAUGACGUACAGAAUUUUAAAAACCUCACUUCCGGGUUAUCCAUCCUGUGACACCAUUGUCAUUACAUAUGAAAUGUUGGGAGGCAUACAAACGGAAGAGCAUCCAAACCCAGGAAAGCCUUAUCAUGGAAUACAUCGAACUGCAUACUUGCCUAAUAAUAAGGAAGGAAAGGAGGUUUUGGAACUACUUCAUAAAGCCUUUGAACAAAAGCUGAUUUUCACAGUGGGGUACUCUCGAACAUCAGGAAAAUCAGAUGUCAUUACGUGGAAUGAUAUACAUCACAAAACAUCCCAAUAUGGAGGACCAGAAAAUUAUGGCUACCCUGAUAAUCAUUACCUGGAACGUGUCAAGGAGGAACUGAAAGCUAAAGGAAUUAAGUAAGAAAACUGCUGGAAGGAUGUCUUAACCCAAGCUUAGCUUUCAAAGGAUGUAUUUAGAAGGCUGCAUUAAUGCUAAUCCUUCUGUAGAAAUACCUUUUAAAAUUUUGCAUCUCAAGAAGUGGUUUGUAUAAGAGUAGAAACCUACUAGUCUAUUAUUUUAGAGUGUCAAGUUUUGGUGGAAAGCAGAAGCCCCCAAGAGCUGAGUAAUUUUGCUGCAAAAGUAUAUCUCAUUCUUGUGUCAUGGUUGAGGGUGGGUGGUGGACCUGAAAUAAUCUUCCCUAAGCUACUGGUUGACCCUUUUCUUCACAUGGUGGUGGGGAUAGAACCCAGGGCCUCUGAGGUUCUCCCCCAACCCUUUGAUCCUCUUUUCAUUGCCAUCUCUGAGAAGGUACUUUAAUUUUUUCUUUUCUUUCCCUUUAAACUUUACUGGUAAAAGCAAGAGCCUUGUGUAAAUAGAAGGGGGAAAACAAGGCUUUACUUAUGGAAAAAUUAGAGAGCCACAUGCCCCUUCCCGCUUCCACACAGUAAGAAAACUGAGGCUGGGCAACCUUUGGUAAUAUGUGAAAAUGAGACUUCUUUUUUAAUGACACAGAGCAUGGAAUACCGUUGAUGCUUAAUACAGUUUUGUCUUCUAACUCAAGUUAGAGUAGUUCUGCAGAGAGAUAUAUACUUUUAAAAUGUUUGACAGAAGCAGGAGUUGGGAAGCCAUUUCUGGAGUCCUCACUACUCAUCUGGAAAACUGAGUUUCUUACUCCAGUAUUCUUUGUGGCUGAACUCCUGACCAAGUCCCUAACUGGACCCUCACUCUUCCCUGAUCCUCGGAACCUGUCCUAUGGGGUGCAUUUGCCCUGCCACAGAAUUGCUACAUGUUUUUGAACAGACCCCUUCCACUGAAUAUGUUGUACUUUGAGUUAUCCUGCUUCCAGUUUUAACAAAUAAGUAACCUUACUUUAGUUUCCAUUGUUUACCACUUAUAGUAACUAUAGCUCCAAUGAAAUAGUUUUUUUGCCUCUUCACUAAAUCUCACCAAUUUAUGUUUUCACUCUUUAAAUCUUUCUUUCUUUUUUUUUUUUUUUUUUUUUUGUGGUGCUGGGGAUUGAACCCAGGGCCUUGUGCCUGCGAGGCAAACACUCUACCAACUGAGCUAUGUACCCAGCCCCACUCUCUAAAUCUUUCUAAUCCUUUCUCUCUCAAUAGAAAAAAAGCCUAUAACAAGGAAUAUGUGACAUUUAAGAUUUUACUUUUAAAUGUUUCUCCAAGUCAGAAAAAAAACUACCAUAGCAAAUUAUCCAGUUAUCUAUUGCACACUCUCUCCCAAACUGGUGAGCAAGAUACCUUGUUCUUUUCCUAAAGAUACACAUGAACACCCAUGAGUUUUUUUUCAGUCAGGUAAUAAUAGCAAAUAGCUAUUGAGUACUUCCCUUGUCACAACCCUUAAAAGAACUUUACAUCUGUGUAAUUAGUACAGCUAGUAUUCCCUUUUCUUUUAUUUUUGGUAGUGGGGAUUGAACCCAGGGGUGCUUAACCACUGAGCCACAUCCCAGCCCUUCUUUUAUGUUUUAUUUAGAGACAGGGUCUCACUGAUUUGCUUAGCACCUCACUAAAUUGCAGAGACUGCCUUUGAAUUCGCGAUCUUUCUGCCUCAGCCUCCCAAGCCGCUGGGAUUACAGGCGUGUACUACCACACCCGGCUAGUAUUCCCCUUCUAUAGUCAAGAAAACUAGGCUAGGGGUGUAGCUCAGUGGUAGAGUGCUGCCUAGCAUGUACAAGGCCCUGGGUUCAAUCCCCAGGACCAAAAAGGAAAAAAUAAGAAGAAGAAAAAGGAAAAAAAAAAAGGUGGUAGGAGAAAUAGCCAAGAAAGCUGAUAGAAAGCAUAA